AAGCCAUUACUUCAUGUACUGCAUAAAAUUAAAAUUAUUUCUGUUGGUUUCUAUGGCGGUGCAGUUGUUAAUGAAACUUUGCUUAUCUGUAAGUUUUAUGUGAAUGUACUUCAGUAGCUUUAAAGCAGUUUGAAUCUGUGUUACUGAAGUAACUCCAGCUCAGCAAUGAAUGUAGUAGAAUUAGGUUUGCUGUACUUUUGGAAGUCAGACAGCAGAGCCUGGGAAGCUGACCUGCAAACCACCUAAUCCAGCUUGGGUCUACUGAGAUUCAGAUAGAAGGAAACAAUCAAAAUACCUUUUGCCAACUUUGGAAGGAAAAGAGGAAAGAGACCUACUGGUGUCAUCUUUACAGUCAAAAAGUGGGAGCAGCUGCCAAGUUUGUUCUGUGAGCACCUCUUGCUGAGCACCAGAAAUAUGGAUAGACUUCUGCGACUGGGAGGAGGUAUGCCUGGGCUGGGACAGGGGCCACCAACAGAUGCUCCUGCAGUUGAUACAGCGGAACAGGUUUAUAUCUCUUCCCUUGCACUGCUGAAAAUGUUGAAGCAUGGUCGUGCUGGUGUCCCUAUGGAAGUUAUGGGUCUGAUGCUUGGGGAAUUUGUUGAUGAUUAUACUGUGAGAGUGAUUGAUGUUUUUGCAAUGCCACAGUCUGGAACGGGUGUCAGUGUGGAGGCAGUUGAUCCUGUAUUUCAAGCAAAAAUGUUGGAUAUGCUGAAACAGACGGGAAGACCUGAGAUGGUAGUUGGUUGGUAUCAUAGUCAUCCUGGCUUUGGCUGUUGGUUGUCUGGUGUAGAUAUCAAUACUCAGCAGAGCUUUGAAGCCUUAUCAGAAAGAGCUGUUGCUGUGGUGGUGGAUCCCAUUCAGAGUGUAAAAGGAAAGGUUGUUAUUGAUGCCUUCAGAUUGAUCAAUGCUAAUAUGAUGGUCUUAGGACAUGAACCACGACAAACAACUUCAAAUCUGGGUCACCUAAACAAGCCAUCUAUCCAGGCACUAAUCCAUGGACUAAACAGACAUUACUAUUCCAUCACCAUCAACUACAGGAAGAAUGAACUAGAACAGAAGAUGCUGCUAAAUUUGCAUAAGAAGAGUUGGAUGGAAGGUUUGACACUUCAGGACUACAGUGAACAUUGCAAACUCAAUGAAACAGUAGUGAAGGAGAUGUUAGAAUUAGCUAAGAAUUAUAACAAGGCUGUUGAAGAAGAAGAUAAGAUGACACCUGAACAGCUGGCAAUAAAAAAUGUUGGCAAGCAGGACCCUAAACGUCAUUUAGAAGAGCAUGUGGAUGUGCUGAUGACCUCAAACAUUGUCCAGUGUUUAGCUGCUAUGUUGGAUACGGUUGUAUUUAAAUAACUGAUUUACCAUUGGUGAUACUUUCUGUGUAUAUUUGUUUAUUGUUUCUAAUACAAAACAGAGACUGUUGAGGCUCUAUUUGAUUAAACGGGGACAUCUGACUUCAUUUGCAAUGUAAGUGCAGCACUAUAACACCUCUCAGUCUCUAAUUGUGCAUUUGCUUCAGUUUCUUUAUGUCAAGGUCCUCACAGAUUCCAAAGCAUUCAAGAACACAAUGUGGGGAAAAAAUUGAGUACCUUUUCAUUUAAUAUUUGGGGGGGGAG